AUGGAGAACCAGCAACACCAGACAGACAUUAUCACUCUUUCGCGCCAUGUGCUUUCUGAGGGCAUUCGUGCUCGUACACAAAAUGAUGCUGUCACAGGCGAGAUGACGCUCCUCCUUACGUCCUUGCAAACCAUCUGCAAAGUAAUUGAAAACAUGGUACGCAAAGCCCGCGUCAACAACAUGGUGGGUAUUGCAGGCAACCAAAACGUGCAGGGAGAGGACCAAAAGAAGCUUGAUGUGCUUUCAAAUGAGGUUAUGGUUAAACUACUAAUAGCGUCGGGCCAGUCGGCCGUGCUUGUUUCGGAAGAAGAAGAGCAGGUUAUCAUCGUCAAGGAUCAUGGUGGUCACGCCGGCAAGUACUGUGUUGUAUUCGAUCCACUUGAUGGAUCCAGCAACAUUGAUGCGGGUGUCAAUAUUGGAACAAUUUUUGGUAUCUACAGAGUCCGGGAGGGCUCGGAAGGCACGUUGCAAGAUGUCUUACGCCCUGGACGUGAGAUGGUCGCCGCUGGUUACUGCAUGUACGGCUCAUCUGCCAAUAUUGUGCUGUCCACUGGUUCGGGUGUGAAUGGCUUUACACUUAACAAUGACGUUGGUGAGUUCGUUCUUACACACCCGAACAUUGAGAUCCCUACGCGAGGCAACAUCUACUCGUUCAAUGAGGGCAAUUCUAUGUACUUCCAUGAGCCAGUGCUCAAGUACCUUGAAUCGAUCAAAUUCCCUGGUGAGGGUAAAAAGCCAUAUUCGGCCCGCUACAUUGGCUCAAUGGUUGCUGAUGUGCAUCGCACAUUGCUAUACGGUGGAAUUUUUGGCUACCCAGCAGACAAGAAGUCGUCGAGCGGUAAGCUGCGUCUUCUGUACGAGGGAUUCCCUAUGGCUUUCUUGAUUGAACAGGCUGGUGGCGUUGCCACGACAGGCGAGAAGCGUGUGCUCGAUGUCGAACCGACAAAAAUUCACGAGCGCGUGCCCGUGUUCCUGGGCUCAAAGGAUGAUGUGCAAGACCUGUUGUCCUUCUACCGUAAGUAA